CACCAGGCAACACGAAGUCUCCCUUCUGGUGCGCGCGCUGAAAUUUUCCCGCAACUAUAACUAACGCCAAGCAGUAACAGACACACAACAAAGUGGGGCCCACCCCGGCCACCGCCCCACCCGUCGCCGUCACUGUCACUUCUACAGCCAGGAAAAGACAUUUGAUUCUCCGAUUAAGAAUCCAUCCAUUCCCUCGUUGACCGCCCAUCUCCUCUCUUCUCUUCCCUCCUCAACCCCAUGUAGCCAAAUUCACAACCCCACGAAACCUGAGAGAUGGGCAGCCGCCGCCUUGAUUUAGCGCUUCUUUCUUUUGGGUUGCUGCUGUCCAUCUCCGCCGCGGCCGCCGCCGCCGGCGGAUCAUCAUCAUCAUCAUGCCCCAUGGACUUCAACUAUGUUUCGAGAAUCCCAUGGAACAGAUCGUCUUGUGAGAAUUACAAUCUCCCCAGACCCAGUUCCGACAACGCCACUUCUCAAUCGGAAAUAGUCAGCAGAGACCCUUGCUGCCGGACUCUGCUUUCCCUGUUCGGUAUAUCUCUGUCUCUUCAUCUCAAAGAAACUUCCCUUUUCCAUCUUUCCGACUUGCCCACUUCCGUCGCCUGCCUCCGCGACUACCAAGCCAAGCUCAACUCCUUGGGUCUUUCCAACAGUGGUGACCUCGUCUCUUAUUGCCUCGACCCUCAGAGCUUUGUGAUAUCGCCGAACGUCUGUGCUCGAAUUCAGUCGAGCGGCGAUUGGGUUAAAGCGGUUGGUUCGUCGACUCCGCUCGACGCGGCUUGUAAAGGCGACCUCACUGAUCUGACCGCUUGUGAUUCGUGUGUGGCGGCUGGGUUCAGGGUGCAGUCUUCGUUGGUGUCGAUCGAUGGGGAUAAGUCUCAUGCCACUAGUUGUUUUUACUUUGCGAUUCUCUAUGCUGCUGGGGUUAUCAACAAAUUUGGGCCAGAGAGUUAUGGUGCUGUGUCGUGUAUUUUUGGGUUGGAUUUGGUUUCGAAACUGGGUUCGUCUCAUAAAUCUCGGUUCCCUCUUGUAAUUGGUUUGACUAGCUCUGCUGCUGCUGUGAUUGCCAUGUCUAGUUUGGUUGGCUUCUGUUUUUUGCAUGAUAGGAGGAGGAAGAGGAGGGGAGGAAUGGAGGAGGGGUCUGGUCAUGGUUCUGAUGCAGAGGAGCGGCGAUCUAGGCCGAGAUUGAGGCCGAAUACGGGAUCAAUCUGGUACAAAAUUCGUGAUCUUGAGAAGGCAACCAGUAGCUUUUCACAGAAGAACUUUAUUGGCAGGGGAGGGUUUGGAAUUGUUUACAAAGGGGUGCUGUCCGAUGGGACAACGGUGGCUGUCAAGAGGAUUUUGGAGUCUGAUUUUCAAGGUGAUGCAGAGUUUCGGAAUGAGAUUGAGAUUAUCAGCAAUCUCAAGCACCGGAAUUUGGUGCCGCUUAGAGGUUGUUGUGUGAUUGAUGGAGAAGAGGAUCGUGAUACGGUAGAGAGUCAGAGGUAUCUCGUUUACGAUUACAUGCCGAAUGGCAAUCUUGAUGAUCAUUUGUUUCCUGCAGCAGGGAAGGAGCCACUGAGCUGGCCUCAGAGGAAGAACAUAAUUUUGGAUGUGGCUAAAGGGCUAGCUUACUUGCAUUACGGUGUGAAGCCUGCGAUUUACCACAGGGACAUUAAGGGCACUAAUAUACUGUUAGACGGUGAAAUGAGAGCAAGAGUUGCUGAUUUUGGUUUGGCCAAGCAGAGUAAGGAAGGCCAGUCUCAUCUUACUACUAGAGUUGCUGGAACUCAUGGCUACUUAGCCCCUGAAUAUGCCCUGUACGGGCAAUUAACCGAAAAGAGCGAUGUCUACAGUUUCGGGGUUGUUGUACUGGAAAUCAUGUGUGGAAGAAAAGCACUGGAUAUGUCAUCUUCAGGUUCUGCGCAUGGGUUUCUGAUCACUGACUGGGCUUGGUCCCUAGUGAAAGCUGGCAAACUAGAGCAAGCUCUGGAUCCUUCCUUGUUGAGGGGCGGAGGCGAGGAUUCUUCGACUUCGAAUCCAAAGACGAUAAUGGAGAGAUUUGUGCUGGUCGGGAUUCUGUGUGCUCACGUUAUGGUUGCUUUAAGGCCUACCAUCUCAGAUGCAUUGAAGAUGUUGGAAGGGGAUAUCGAAGUUCCACCGGUUCCUGAUCGGCCAUUGCCUCUAUCGCACCCUUCUUUCUCCACGAAUAGCCAUGCCUUCAGCAUCUCUCCGGCGUUGAGUGGCCCGCAAUUAUACAGCAACGACAUGCUGAGGUAAACGUACAACUUUCGUGAACCCUGAGGCUGGUUUCAACAUGUGACCUCAACUUGGAACCAAUGAGUUGAGUCUACCAUGCCUAUGCAUGUUUUAAGCACACCUCCGAUUAAGAGGUUUAGAAGCCUGCUAAUUCAGCAAGAAUCAGUUCGUAGCUCCUGACAUGCCGUGAAGUACAAACUACUGGAGAAAUUCAGCAGACAUCUGAUGACACUAACUUGAUUUUGGAUGCACACAGGAGCAAGUAUGUCUGGUUUGCACUCCAAGGAUUGGUGACGAAGAACCCAUUUUCGGACACUUAGUUUGGUUACUGUCACAGGAUGCAGUGGUUAGGAAAAGUUAAUAAUGCAUUUGCUGUUUUACGUAGAUCAUUUUGAUAUUCAGAAGUGUACAUAUAUGCAGUAGUACAAUUGAUAACUGUUCGUUGUUUAUAGAAGAUACGUCAAAUAACUUGCCACUUGCCUA